AUGGCCACUCCCACUCCUCCAACAUGCCCUGCCCCCAUGAAGGCCACCUCCAAUGGCGCCUUCCAGCAUGAAAACCCCCUCGACUACGCUCUUCCCCUCUUGAUCCUCCAGAUAUGUCUCGUCGUUGCCUUCACCCGCUUCCUUGCCUUCCUUUUACGUCCCCUCCGCCAACCUCGUGUCAUUGCCGAAAUCAUUGGAGGAAUUCUGCUUGGACCUUCUGCAAUUGGGCGAAGCCACACUUUCCUCAACACCGUUUUCCCCAAGAAAAGCUCCACUGUUCUCGAGACCCUUGCUAACAUUGGCCUCUUGUUCUUCUUGUUCCUCGUUGGUCUGGAGCUGGACAUGCGUUCCAUACGCCGAACGGGUCAUAAGGCCUUGGGCAUUGCCCUUGCCGGCAUUUCCGUCCCUUUCAUUCUCGGCAUUGGUACCUCUUUUGUUCUUCGAUCCACCAUCUCCAAAGGCGUCGAACCGACCGCCUUCCUCGUCUUCAUGGGUGUUGCUCUCUCCAUCACCGCUUUUCCCGUCCUCGCUCGCAUCCUCGCCGAGCUCAAACUCCUCACCACCGACGUUGGUCGCAUCGCCAUGUCUGCUGCUGCUGUCAAUGAUGUUGCCGCCUGGAUUCUUCUCGCUCUCGCCAUUGCCCUCUCCGGCUCCAACACUUCUCCUCUCAUUUCCCUGUGGGUUUUGCUUUGUGGUGCUGCUUUUGUCCUUUUUUGCGUCUUCGCCGUCAGGCCUGUUCUGGCACUGAUGGCCAAGCGUUCCCACGAGGGUGAGCCUGUUAAGGAGCUCCACAUAUGUAUCACGCUGACAAUAGUCUUGGCCGCUAGUUUUGCCACAGACACCAUUGGCAUCCAUGCAUUGUUUGGGGCAUUUGUGAUUGGCAUCGUCAUGCCCAAAGAUGGUCCUUUUGCUGGGGUCUUAAUCGAGAAGAUUGAGGACAUAAUCUCUAGCCUUUUUCUGCCACUUUAUUUCGUGUCCAGUGGGUUGAAAACAAAUGUGGCAACCAUAAGCGGCGGAACUUCGUGGGGGUUAUUAUUUCUGGUCAUAUUUACUGCUUGCUUUGGAAAGAUUGUUGGCACCGUUGUGGUGGCUAUUAUAUGCAAAAUGCCCUUCCGAGAAGCCCUUGCUCUUGGUUUUCUCAUGAACACCAAAGGCUUGGUGGAGCUCAUUGUUCUCAACAUUGGCAAGGAUCGCAAGGUACUGAAUGACCAGACAUUUGCCAUAUGUGUACUAAUGGCACUGUUCACCACCUUCAUCACAACCCCGAUAGUGAUGGCCGUGUAUAAGCCGGCUCGCAGGGGAGCGCCUUACAAGCACAAAACAAUUCAACGUAAGGACCGAGAUACAGAGUUGCGAGUGCUUGCUUGCUUCCACAGCACGCGCAAUAUUCCUACUCUCAUCAAUCUAAUAGAAUCUUCUCGCGGAACCCGAAAGCGAGGAAAGCUCUGCAUAUAUGCAAUGCACUUGAUGGAGCUCUCAGAGCGAUCUUCAGCCAUCUCAAUGGUCCACAAGGCACGCAACAACGGCCUUCCUUUUUGGAACAAGAUCCAGGAGGACAGAGAUCAAAUGGUGAUCCCAUUUGAAGCCUACGGUCAGCUGAGUAGCGUGAAUGUUCGUCCCAUGACGGCCAUCUCUGCUCUCAGCACCAUCCACGAGGACAUAUGUACCAGUGCUCACCACAAGCGAGCAGCCAUGAUCAUCCUCCCGUUCCACAAGCACCAGCGUGCUGAUGGAUCCAUGGAGUCCCUCGGACAUUCGUUCCGUCUGGUAAACCAAAAUGUGCUCACCCAUGCUCCUUGCUCCGUGGGCAUUUUGGUGGAUCGUGGGCUCGGAGGGACGAGCCAAGUACAAGCCAGCGACGUGUCCUAUAAAGUAAUGGUACCCUUCUUCGGAGGGAGAGAUGACCGAGAAGCACUGGCCUACGGGAUGAGAAUGGCGGAGCACCCUGGAAUUUUGCUAACGGUGGUGAAGUUCGCAGCUCCUCCCGGGAAGACAUUCACAUUUGGGGGUAAUUUAGUGGCUGUGACAGCGGACAAGGACAAGAAGGUUAUCAAAGGAGCUGAUGUUAGUUCAGACUAUGACAAGCAGGAGGACGAUCAAAUAUGGUCGGAGUUCAUGAGCGCUCAAAGCUCGAACCAAGAAUCGAUGAGGUACGAAGAAAAAUUAGUGGAAAGCAAAGGAGGCGUAAUAACAGCUCUAAAAGAAAUGAAUAAGAGCACUCUAGUGGUGGUGGGGAGAAUGCCUCCCGUGGCCCCGUUGGUAGACAACAGUGACUGCAAAGAGUUAGGUCCUAUCGGAAGCUACCUGGCAUCCUCAGAUUUCUCCACCACUGCAUCAGUGGUGGUGAUUCAACAAUAUAAUCCUUCCAAAGAUGUUCAUCCCUUGGUGAUGGAGGUAUCCGAUUAUCCGGCUGUUCCAGACACACCAAGAUUUAUCGUGUAG